CGCCCGCAUCCAUCCAGGCAGCCAGGCAGCCUCCUAAAUCGUGCGGCACGUCCAGUCAAAGCUCCAACGCCACCGCACAUGCGAUCGCCAGCAGAGCAGCGCUCCAAGCUUCCUCGCUUCUUCUGCGUUCCACGCCACCGUCGGACGACGCGCAGGCUUCUUUCUGUCUGUUUGUUUUCUCCCCCCACGGUGAAGAUCUGUUGACUUCAAGGGAUUGGAAAAUCAAAGUGGCGUCUCCCUGACGACUCAUCGGAAGGGUUUCCUUCUUACCGAGACCUGCAAAAGAACCUCACCCGGAACUAAAGGUGCUGUGGCGCCCAGGCCGCCGCCGCUCUCAGGUCAGGACAAACCCGUCGCCAUGGAUAUGGAUGAGGAGGAGAAUAUGAGUUCGAGCAGCACUGACGUUAAGGAAAACCGAAACCUGGACAACGUGUCCUGCAAAGAGGGGGUGGGUGUGGCCGAGCAGCUCCCCAAUGGAAGCGGGCCGGGCGGUCGAAAGCGCCCCCUGGAGGAGGGAAACAAUGGCCACGCUCACUCCAAGUUCCGGGCCAAGAAACGCAAGAAAACGCCCGGGCCCAUCCUGCCCAAGAACGCCCUGAUGCAGCUCAAUGAAAUCAAACCGGGUCUUCAGUACAAACUGCUGUCCCAAACGGGACCGGUCCACGCGCCGGUUUUUGUCAUGACGGUGGAGGUCAACGGGCAGACCUUUGAGGGCAUGGGGCCCACCAAGAAGAAGGCCAAACUCAACGCGGCCGAGAAAGCGCUGCGCUCCUUCGUCCAGUUCCCCAACGCCUCCGAGGCGCACCUGGCCAUGGGCCGAACGCUGACCGUCAACACCGACUUCACUUCCGACCAAGCCGAUUUCCCGGACAUGCUCUUCAACGGCUUUGAGACGCCGGCCGUACCCGACGAGCCCUUCUUUGUGGCUUCCAACGGUAGCGGCGGCGCCGGCGGCGGCGGCGCUUUGAACUCGCUCGGGGAGUACCCGCUGCCCACGCCGCCUGGCAGCAACCUCGCCCAGGCGCCGCUGCCCCCUCCCUCGGCCUUCGGCUCCCCCGCGAGCGGCAAAAACCCCGUCAUGAUUCUCAAUGAACUCAGGCCGGGCCUGAAAUAUGACUUUGUGUCCGAGAGCGGCGAGAGUCACGCCAAGAAUUUUGUCAUGUCGGUGACGGUGGACGCGCAGACCUUCGAAGGCUCGGGGCGCAACAAGAAGCUAGCCAAGGCCCGGGCGGCGCAGGCCGCUCUCUCGGCGCUCUUCAACAUGCAACUGGACCAGACGCCGUCCAGGCAGCCCAUACCCAGGGAGGGACUGCAGCUUCACCUGCCGCAGGUUCUCGCCGACGCCGUCUCUCGACUGGUGGUGGAUAAGUUCAGCGAGCUCACAGACAACUUCACUUCCCCGCACGCGCGGCGGAAAGUCUUGGCUGGCGUCGUCAUGACAACAGGAACGGACGUAAAAGAGGCGCAGGUCAUUUGCGUUUCCACGGGCACCAAAUGCAUCAACGGUGAGUACAUGAGCGACCGCGGCCUGGCCCUCAACGACUGCCACGCUGAGAUCAUCGCCCGACGCUCGCUUAUCCGAUACCUCUACAUUCAGCUGGAGUUCUUCCUCAGCAGCACCAAGGAAGAGCAUCACAAGUCGAUAUUCGUGCAAUGUGACAAAGGGGGCUACAAGCUUAAGGACAAUAUUCAGUUCCACCUCUACAUCAGCACCUCGCCGUGCGGAGACGCCAGGAUCUUUUCCCCGCACGAGGCCGGAGUGGAAGACCAAGGAGACAGACACCCCAAUCGGAAAGCAAGAGGUCAGCUUCGGACCAAGAUCGAGUCGGGCGAGGGCACCAUACCCGUGAGGUCCAGUAACACCAUCCAAACGUGGGACGGAGUCCUCCAGGGGGAGCGGCUCCUCACCAUGUCCUGCAGCGACAAGAUUGCCAGGUGGAACGUGGUGGGCAUCCAGGGCUCCCUGAUGAGCUACUUCACAGAGCCCAUCUACUUCUCCAGCAUCAUCCUGGGGAGCCUCUACCACGCCGACCACCUCUCCCGAGCCAUGUACCAGCGCAUCGCCGAUAUCGAGGACCUCCCCCAGCAGUUCACGCUCAACAGACCUCUUCUCAGCGGGAUAAGCAACGCUGAGGCCAGGCAGCCGGGCAAAGCGCCUAACUUCAGCGUCAACUGGACGGUGGGUGACCAAGGCCUGGAGGUGAUCAACGCCACCACGGGCAAGGACGACAUGGGCCGGGCCUCGCGCCUCUGCAAGCACGCCCUCUAUAGCCGCUGGGUGCGCCUGCACUCCAAGCUGUCCGCUGUGUUACGGAUCAAGGUGCUCAAGCCGGCCUCGUACCACGACGCCAAGCAGGCGGCGGGCGAGUACCACUCGGCCAAGCAGGCGCUCAUCAAGGCUUUCCACAAGGCCGGCUUGGGGGCUUGGGUCAAAAAGCCCAGUGAGCAGGACCAGUUCACUAUGGCCUCCUGAGGGGAUUGUGAACUCCCCCUGCCCCAGAACUGGUGUUAGCAUCUCUCUCGUGUAGAGCCCCUUAGCCGCCGCCGCGUCCUUCCCGUAUAUUUGCACGCACCUGCAGCUGUUAACUCGUGGAAAUUAAAUGUGCAUAGUUCCCAAAAAUUCAAACAAAAAAAAAAAAAAGUCCAUCUCAUCAGGGUCACCACUUACCGGACUCACCUCAUGAAAUGGUGUGCUUUGUUUUAUUAUUUCUUUUUUUUUUGCUUUUAACAGAAUGUGGGCUUCCCCACGUACUAAAACUGGAAUCUAUAGACAGAGAAAGUGUGUAUCGCUAUUUUGUUUGAGAAAGUGUCGUCAGAUGAGAGACGUGCAAAAGUUGAAGGCCAGGAAAUGAAAUCCGAACCAACUCGUCAUCCAACGUGUCAUUUGGAUCUUCGAUAUUUAGAUGAGACGUGCUCACCGCAAAGGGAUUUUAUUUUCUUUUUCGAUUUUUUGGGGACUUUGAUGUGUACUCGUACAUUCCUUCUCGGUGUGCGGACGUGCCGGACUUGAGCUGGUGGAAGCCCGGCCCGGCCCGGCUCUCGCCUGCUGCUGCUGCUGCUGCUGCUGCUGCUGCUGCUGCUUUGGGGAAAGUUGAGGUUUUUUGCCAUGGCGGACCCACACAGCAGACAGCGGCGCAUGCGGAGAAGUCGAAAAAAGAGAACGGAAAGCCUCCGUUGCGUGCGUGCGUGCUUUCGAAUGAAUGCCAGCAUCUUCCUCCACAGGCAGCUUUCAAUCUGUGUCUGUGUUUUCUACAUUUCUGCUGUCGGUUGUUUGGGUUGACGGAGGAGACGUCGCUUAUGUUUUCUCAACGGUGGGCUUUUUGUUUUUUUUGUAGAUCCUGGAUUAUACUUUAAAAAAGACAAGAGUUUUUAAGUGAUACUGGAUUUUUUUUUGUUUUAAGGGAGGGGUGGGUGGAAAUACUGACUGAUGCAGAUAUUUGUUUUAAAAAAAAACAAAAAAAAACAGCACUAUUGAGCUAACGGCGGAUAUUUUUAUGUACACGUUUGAAGGUACACACGUACUGUUUGUGAAAUGUAUUUAAAAAGUACUCACUAUGCAAAAUGGCCCGCUAGACGGUAGUGUCGUAUUUAUCGUAUGCUAGUUGUUUGACGUGAGCGUCAUUUUAAAUGUUGUCACUUUGGUAGGAUUUCAAUCAAAAAGGCGAAGCGUUAGCGAGUAGAACACUUUCUCCUGAUUCUACCAUCCUCAAAACUGCUUCUGAACUUACUUGAAAUUCUCAAGUCAUUUGCUGAAAUUUGUCCUGACAGCCGACGGACUGUCUUGCUGUUCCUCUUUGGUCCUGUAGGUGUCACUAACCCGUGUUUCAGACUUUUUUUGGGGGGGGGGGAUCAAGAUUUGCACAUCUUGAAGGACAUUUUAUGUGGGGAAAAAAAACUACAGUGACAGUAAAGCCGGGUACGCGCAUGCCGACAAUUGGGACGAAUUUUGUGUCUGAAAGUUUUUCUUUAACCAAUUACUGUAACGAGUGAGCUUUUUUUUUUCCCCUUUCUGAAAAGCUUAUUAAGCAUGUUCAAUAUUUGCAUUCGCAAAUUCCCGAUUGGCUGCUGGGCUCAAAAUCGUCCCGGUUUUCAUUCUUUGUGCACCCAACGUCAUCUGAUCUACUGCUCCACCGUGAUGUCACUCAACGUCGUCCGACGCGACGUGAACACGUCUUUUUGUGACUUUGAUGUAAUCGCUCGGCGUGUGCGGGGGGGUGCUCGGGCUACUCAAAGCAAACUCGGAAUCUUCACCAAAGACGAUGUCGACUUGCGUGUGUUUGGGGGAAUCGAGAUGUGUGAAUUUGCAGUCAAGCCUUCCUAUUGGCGGGCGUUCAGGGACCAGGAAGCCCAUGAAGUGUAAAAAAAAAAAAAAAGCCACAAAUAA